AUGUUUCUCUUGCUUUGUAGUAGAGCAAACACCACUGCGCCAGUGCGGUCACUAUACACCAGAUGCAAUAUAACACCAGAUUUAUGGAAACUUUCACGGUCCAAGUUGUACUCAACACCAGUGUCCAAAGCAUGCAAGUCCCCACAACAGCCUGCUAAUGCUUUCAGUCGCACCUGGAGCCUGGCUCAGAGAGCUGUCCGCCAGUCCCCCACCCGGGGCUCAAGCCCCCCAGGAGUGGCUGUGAGGUGUAUCCUGGGGCCGGUGGUCCUCACUGUCUCUGCACGGCUGCUCGGCCGCACGGCUUAUUGUGAGGCAGAUGUGAACAACAACAUCCCAGCUGAGUUUCUAGUCAAAGAGACUGUGCCUGAGUUCAAAUGGCACGUCCUGUGGGAAUUUGUCAAACCUCAACUCUUUGCUCUCAUCGGCGCAGUUGUGCUUGCAUUUGGUGCUGCCAUCCUGAAUAUUCAAAUUCCCCUCAUGCUGGGAGACUUGGUGAAUGUCGUAGCACGCUUCAUGAGAGAGCAUGCAGGGCAUUAUGUCCGGGAGAUAAGGGGCCCCGCAUUGAAGCUGCUGGGACUGUAUGGUAUCCAAGGUCUGUUGACAUGCGGCUACAUCAUCCUGUUGUCACAGGUUGGGGAGAGAGUGGCAGCAGACAUGAGGAAGACCCUUUUUGCAUCUUUACUGAGGCAAGAUGUGGCCUUCUUUGAUGCCAACAGGACCGGGCAACUGGUGAAUCGUUUGACUGCUGACAUUCAGGAGUUCAAGUCAUCGUUUAAAUUGGUCAUCUCUCAGGGUCUGCGCAGCAUCACACAGACAGUUGGGUGUUUUGUCUCCCUCUACGUCAUCUCCCCCAAACUCACCGGUUUGACAGUCGUUGUCCUUCCUUGUCUGGUGGGAGCAGGGGCUCUGAUUGGGUCAUUCCUUCGCAAGCUGUCUCGUUUGGCUCAGGAACAGGUGUCGAAAGCAACAGGAGUGGCAGAUGAGGCACUUGGCAAUGUGCGGACAGUGAAAGCUUUUGCUAUGGAGGAGCGAGAGCUCCAGUUAUAUGCAUAUGAGGUGGACAAGUCAUGUGAAAUGAAUGAAACUCUUGGCUCAGGAAUAGCAGUUUUCCAAGGACUGUCAAAUAUUGCUCUAAACUGCAUUGUUCUAGGAACAAUUUUUGCUGGAGGGUCUUUAAUGGCUGGCGAUGAAAUGUCCCCCGGGGACCUCAUGUCUUUCUUGGUAGCUUCCCAGACUGUUCAGAGGUCUUUGGCCAGCAUCUCUAUCCUAUUUGGACAGAUGGUGAGAGGGAUAAGCUCUGGGGCUCGGGUGUUUGAGUACUUGGCGUUACAACCUACCAUCCCAGUUUCUGGGGGCGGACGCAUUCCCUACCAUUCUCUGACAGGACGGGUUGAUUUCAUGAACAUCUCAUUCAGUUAUCCAACAAGACCUGGCCAUCAGAUUUUGAAGAACUUCAACCUAACACUGCCACCUAGCAAAACUGUUGCUAUCGUUGGUGAAUCUGGAGGAGGAAAGUCCACAGUGGCAGCCUUGCUGGAGCGUUUCUAUGACCCCAGCAAUGGUGUGAUCAUGCUGGACGGGCUUGACAUUAGAACACUUGAUCCAUCCUGGCUCCGGGGACAAGUUAUUGGAUUUAUUAAUCAGGAGCCAGUAUUAUUUGGAUCAUCUGUCAUGGAGAACAUCCGCUUUGGAAAGCCUGAGGCCACUGAUGCUGAGGUCAUCAACGCCGCCAAGCAAGCCAACGCCCACCGCUUCAUCACAAGUUUCCCAGACGGCUACAACACUGUGGUUGGCGAGCGAGGUGUGACAUUAUCAGGAGGCCAGAAACAGCGCAUUGCCAUCGCCCGAGCCUUGAUUAAGAACCCGAGCAUCCUGGUGCUGGAUGAAGCCACCAGUGCCCUGGACGCAGAAUCAGAGCGGGUGGUGCAGGAUGCUCUGGACAGGGCCACAAGGGGUCGCACUGUUCUCAUCAUUGCCCACCGGCUCAGCACCAUUCAAGGGGCUGACCUCAUCUGUGUGAUGAGCAAUGGCCGCAUUGUAGAGGCGGGGACUCAUUUGGAGCUACUGGCCAAAGGAGGACUUUAUUCUGAUCUGAUCCGCAGGCAGAGAGCUGAGGCACAGAAAUGAGCAUACAGUUUACUGUAGGUCUGCAUUUAGGAACUAUAUUUCUGAAGUGUAUAGGUGAAACCUUGAAUGAAUAGAUGAGCAAUAGAUGAAACAUGGACUGUAACUUGAUCAGUUCUUGGUCUAGUUUCAUGACCAGUUGUUUAAAGUCAAAUUUAUAUCCACUAUGUUAAAUGUAUGAGUGGACCAACUGGACAGUAUCGUAUGUUGCAGCCAAUGACCGCUAGACCUCAUCAUCUUUUGAUUUUUGGCCAUGAUCACUACUGUACAGAAUUUAAUUUAAAUGGACAUUUCAGGGUUAUUUUAUCUUUUCCUGCCCAUUUUUACAUUUUGGACCAGAAUGUAAUGUAUUUAGUAAAACAAAGAGAAUAAAAUACUUUUAAUGCAA